GGCACGUGAACUACACAGGAAGGAAGACAGGAACUGAAUAAACCACAACUAAAAGUUCAUAAUAGUGACACAAAGGGUGACAAAAACAGCUUAUUAAUAUAUUAAAUAAUGUCUUUAUGAAAAUCUAAAACUGCAGAAGCAUUAGUCAAUGGAAAUUCCCCACCUUGAUGAAACUGUGCAGUAGUUUAAUAACUAUAUUGUGAGCACAUAUGAGUGUCAGUCGCUCUUCUGUCAGAGUGAGAAGUGACUGUGUGACUGAAGUAGCAUCACACUCUUCUGCUGGGAUUGGACUCUUCUGGAAACUGGACUUUAGAGAAAUGAUGCUCAUCUUUGGACUGAUGCUGCUGCUGCUGCAAACUGCUGCAUGUCUGGAUCGGUUUUGCUGGUUUGAUCAACCAGAUCCCUGUUACGCAGCUCUGGGACACAAACUCAAUCUGCCGGUGGUGCUGGGUGCUAGUAAUUAUAAGCUGAAAAUAAUAAAGAGAAUAAACAACACAAAAGAUGAUCCAUUUUGUAGAUUUCAGCAUGGCAAUAUGGAGGAGACUGGAUGUGAUCUUUAUAAUAACAGACCAGAAGUGACCAUCAUUCAUGGGAUGCUGAUAAUAAACCGUGUGAUCAGAGCAGAUUCAGGGAAUUACAAAUUAAAUAUUUACAGCUCACAGAUCAUACAGACAUUUCAAGGAGAUCUUCAAGUGAUUGUUGAAGCUCCUAUUGGCUCAGUGGAAGUGUCAAUCAUCUGCUCCUCCAGUGGGGUGAUGAGGGUGUCCUGCUCCUCUGAGGGGGAUCCGCUCCUCUACAGCUGGACUCUGAAUGGAGAUCCACUGAUGGAUGGAAACAGCAGCAUUGAUCUGGAUGAGGGAACUGAUGGAGACAUCAGCUGCAGCGUGAAGAACCACGUCAGUCACGCACAGAACACCAUUAGAGUCCAACCCUGUGCUGGACCAACUACUGCAGCUGUGACCUCUAGUUUGACCUCUGCAGUGACCAGCAGCACACAGACAUCAGAAUGUGUGUGUUCAGUGUCUGUGGUGUUUGUGCUGGUCUGGUGUCUUCAGCUGAUGGUUCUGUUGGGUCUGUUAGGAGGUUUUCACAUCUACAUGAGACACACGUCAGGAAAGAAGCAGGAAGAUCAGAAAGUGAGGAUGAGAAGAUUUAGAGAAGGACCUGAACACACAGCAGAAGAUUCAUGAGAGCAGCAGAUCUUCUGUAUUUUAUAUGAUUUUUAACAUGUUU